AUAAUUAUGGUUAAAUUCUUGACCCCGUUACAUAAUUUUUGUAAAAUACAGCUGACAUGCACGUACAAAGACUGACUAAUCCAAUCAUUUUCCUGCCGGCUACGUUGACAAACAAAGAGAAAAGGAUAGAGGGGCAAGGAAUCUAAAGCAGAGAAGAAGAAGAAGAAGAAGGGGAAGGACGAUUACAGCAUUGUUCUCCCUCUUCUCUUAAUCAUGGGUGCCCAGGUCUCUAAACAGGCGGAACGCAGGAAGAAUGUCUCAACCGAGAUGAAAGCUUUGGCUGAUCUAAAGCAAAGCAGUGGAAGUGACUUUCCUGGUUCAGAUUACCGUCCUGCAGAUAGGAAAAACUGGAUGUUAGGCCUUGACCCUGGGAAACUUGUCAUAGAAAAGAUUGUGUGGCCUGGAACUCAUGACUCUGCUACUAAUAAGAUUGGAAUUCCUUGCAUCACCCGCCCAUUUGCUCAAUGCCAAUCUCUUUCAAUCUACCGUCAGCUCGUCAGAGGUGCCCGAGUCGUCGAUAUCCGAGUUCAGGAGGAUCGACGGGUAUGCCAUGGGAUCCUACUGACCUACAGCGUCGAUGUUGUCAUCAACGAUGUUAAGAAGUUCCUCUCAGAAACCCAAUCUGAGGUCAUAGUCCUUGAAAUUCGGACAGAAUUCGGACACGAUGAUCCUCCUGAGUUUGACAAGUACUUGGAGGAUCAGCUCGGGGAAUAUCUUAUUCCCCAGGAUGAUUCAGUUUUUGGAAAGACUAUUGCGGAAUUAUUGCCUAAGAGAGUAAUUUGCGUGUGGAAGCCGAGGAAAUCUCCACAGCCUCAGCAUGGAAGUCCACUGUGGAGCGCUGGCUAUUUGAAGGACAAUUGGAUUGACACUGAUUUGCCAUCUACAAAGUUUGACAGCAACAUGAAGCAUUUGAGCCAGCAGCCACCUGUGAAUUCCAGGAAAUUUUUUUACAGGGUUGAGAAUACAGCAACGCCUCAAGCUGAUAAUCCAAUUUUAUGUGUGAAACCGGUCACCAAUCGAAUUCAUGGGUAUGCUAGACUGUUUAUUAUUGAGUGCCUUUCCAAGGGUUACGUCGAUCGUUUGCAAAUCUUCUCAACAGAUUUUAUAGACGAGGACUUUGUUGAUGCAUGUGUUGGGCUCACUCAGGCCAGGAUUGAAGGAAAGCUCUGAUAUCCAUCCCAUUGGAUUAAAUGGCACUGUCAGGCCAAUGGGCGGCAGCCAGGAUUUCGUUCACUUUCUGCUUUCUUGUCUUCUCGUGAACAGCAUGUGGAAUAAAUCCAUUUGUUCGUUUGUAAGAUGAAACCGUUCUUUCUUUUUUUUUUUGGUUCAUUUGCUAGUUAUGUUGUCAAACAUCACGUGUGAAAAAAGGUGGGGAUGUUAUUUGUUCAUUUAAAAUGGGUAUGUAAAUUUGCACUUUUGAGGUUAUCUUCCAAUUUUCUGGGGAACUCUCUUUUGCCCAAGUCACCAAUUCUGCUGCAACCCUGAUAACUGCUUCUGAAACAUUAUUAUGAGGACUAAGUUGAUGGAUCCAUAAACGAAGUUUGGGUUUAACCAAACCAAUUCCGGAAAUUAGCGAGCAUGAAACUUGACAAACCAUUCCUGUGAUCACUGUCUGAUCUUUCGUGCUUUUCAGGUGGAGGUGUUGGAUUAGUUAGCGAAGCCGAAGUGGAGCUCUCGGCCUCCAGAAGCCAACAACAGAGGUGAGAACUCGUCAUCGCGAUCCAGAACCAGAAUGGACGCAAUCGCAUCACAAGCACUCCUAGUAUUAUUGCUGCUUGAUUCUUGAUUUUUUUCUAUUUUCUAUGUACUUAUUUUUUAUAUUUUCAUUACGUAAGUACAUAGUAUUAUUGCAACCGUGAGGAACAGGGGACUAGGGGAGGGAUCGAGUUUUUCUGUGAAAAUCCUUGAAAAAUUGCUAUCCUGUUUACCACAAUACAUCAUUUUUGCAGCUA